AUGACGCUUUCCUCUAGAUUCCAACGGGCGAUGUCCCGCCCAUCCGAAAGCUCAAUAGCAGACGAACGAUCCCCAUUGGUCGCGACACCGCCAAAUUCCCAUGUUACCCUUUACAAAAGUCGAACACCAUUGCCAGUGAGACAAUUAUUUGUCCUUUGCAUCAUGCGACUCACGGAACCUAUAUCGUAUACACUCAUCUUUCCAUUCAUCAAUCGGAUGUUGGAAGAUAUGAAAGUCUCACCUGAUUCAAAGCAGAUAGGAUAUUAUGCUGGCGUAAUUGAGAGUCUUUUUGCUAUCGCGCAAAUGUGUACAGCCGUUUUUUGGGGUCGAUUAUCAGAUCACGUGGGUAGAAAGCCUGUGAUGCUUUUCGGACUUUUUGGAAUGGCAAUUAGUGUCAUCUCCUUCGGAUUACAAAGCACAUAUACUGGUUUAAUCAUUUCCAGAUUUGUUGCUGGAAUGAUGAAUGGAAACAUCGGAAUCAUUCAAUCCAUCGUUGCAGAAAUUACGGAUGCGACCAAUUAUGCAGACGCUGUGGCUUAUCUACCGUUGUGCUAUGCCAUUGGAUCUAUCUUGGGACCAAUUAUCGGGGGCUUUCUCGCCCUGCCAGCUGAAAAAUACCCAGAUCUUUUUGGAUCAUCGGACCUGAUGAUCAAGCAUCCCUACUUUUUGCCUUGCUUCAUGGGAGGUUUACUGAAUUUGUUGGCUAUUGGUCUUGGGAUUUUCUUCUUGGAAGAGACCUUACCAUCAAAGCGGAAGCUCGUAUCCCGUGUUCAAGGACAAGGCCUGCAGCAAGACGAGAUGUCUGCAACUUUGACUGAGACGAGUCAAGACAAACCUCCUAAAAUUGCAUCGCUAUGCACAUACCCCAUCAUGAUCACGAUGUUGACCUUCAUCAUCAUGCAUUUGCAAAACGUAGCUUGGAAUGCUGUAAUCCCGUUGUAUGCCUACACAGUUCUCUCAGAUAUCGUCAAUGGCGGACUUGGAAUGUCCCUUGAACAGAUUGGAUCCGUUCUAAGUGUCGGAGGUUUUGGAAUCAUCAUUGUUCAACUACUGAUCUUCCCGCCUUUACAAAGACGUAUCGGGGUUGUAUCAGUCCUGAAAUGCACCAUAACUUGCUUCACGCUUUCGUACCUAUGUGUACCCUUUGUUACUUGGUCAACACAUCUCGAGAGUAGCACUCCUGGAAAAAGGAUUGCCUACAUGGUUAUGAUCAUGAUUUUGCGAAGCCCAGGAAGCAUGUGUUAUGUUUCCAUCAUGAUGAUCACGAAACUUUUGUCUCCCAGUGCUGCAGCGCUCGGAACUUUGAAUGGAAUGCAGCAGACCUGUUCGGCGUUUGCACAAGUCAUUGGUCCCAUAUUGGGCUCUUCAUUAUUUGCUAUGGGUAUUUCUAGUGGUAAUAGUUUAAUAGGUGGAAAUUUGGUAUGGAUCAUCUUGGCAUUGAUUUUUGAUCAGAUUGCGACAAUCUCACAAUUGUGUUGCUAUAAGAUAUCUUUGCCUAGAUCAAAAGAUGAGGAAUUAUCAUCAACUUAUGAGGGCGAUUAUGCUGCGAAGGAUGUAAAUUUUGAACAUCCAAAUAUCGUCUCUUGUUUUGUUACCUUUCAUAGAUCUUUUAUUAUAUUUUGUACGAUUUCUUGGGCUUCUGAUCCCUCAUGA